AUGAACACAAUCUCGAAACCCCCAACAAUAAAACGCAUCUCAGGCCCCAAACGCUUCCUCGGCGUCCUCGUCGGCAUAACCGGCGGCCUCUCCGCCAACGUCCUCCUCGCCUACAGCGUCUCCUCCUUCUACACGCGCAACACAAAAUUCGUGCCUUACGACGCCUCCUCCCCCGACCUCACCACCUCCGUCUUCCGCGCGCACAACCCCAACGGCAACCCGCCUGGCUGCAUAGACCAUGCGAUAAAGCAGAUUCCGUAUGGGAAGCUGCCGGAGAAGUACUGGGUCAAGGGCGAUGGGGGCAGGAUAUCCGUUGAUCAACCGGCACUCACGACGGACCUUUGCAGGGGCAUUUGGAGCGGCGUGGCGUUUAGGGUGCAGAGGAGGUUGUUGGAGAAGUGGUAUCGGAAUGUGGAGGGCAGGGAUACGCAUCUGUGGGAUGUGAAGGAGUUGGCGAAGAGCGAGUAUGCGGUUGGGACGAAGAUUGUGGAUCACUUUGAGGUUGUGGAGCAUAAGGAUGAUAAGGUUAUUGUGCGAUGCGGCGACUCGCCACACGUUUCCGAGCCCCGACCCUCGGAUGGACUCUUCUCUAUGGAGGUCUCGAAAGACGAUGCGGCGCAGAUGGCUACUUUCCACCUCAAGUCGGUCUUUGUGGAUACGACGCCAGAGGGCAAGGACGCUGGACCGCAACCUGGGCAUAUUCAAUGGCUGCAUAGGCUGUACACUAAGCUCUGGAUGGAGAGUGCGACGCGCAAGUUGAUCAAGGAGGCAUAG